CACGUACUACUGUGUAGAGGUGCAUCACAAUACUUUCAGGAUUUAUGUACAAGUACAGAGUACCAUGACACAACUUUUGUUUCUGAUGCAAUGUUCUUCAGCCCAAAAUACUGUCACAUCCCGUUUUUUCAUUUUCCAAAGACAAUAUUCCUCAAAACGAUGGCAAGCUCGCCAGCUCAAGGACCAUUUCACAAGGGAAGCAGCAGUGCAAGGCUUAAAAAGUCGUGCAGCUUUCAAGCUCCUUCAAAUAGAUGAAAAGUAUCGCAUAUUCAAGAGCGGGCAAACUGUUGUUGACCUUGGAUAUGCCCCUGGAUCCUGGUCUCAAGUAGCAGUAGCUCGAACGCAACCCCAUGGCCGGGUUUUGGGCGUCGACAUCAUCCCAGCGCAGCCUCCCAAAGGGGUAUCAACAAUUCAAGGGAAUUUUCUGGACCCUCAUGUCCAGUCUUAUGUGCGUGAAUUUGUGCGUGACAGCAAUAGAGGCCGGCCGCGUCCACCAGAAUCAACGUCUAAUAUCGAACACAAUUCGAGGAUGCUUGAGUCUGUGAACGCCAGCUCAGAAAAUGCAAUAGUAGAUGUGGUUCUAAGUGAUAUGUCUGCUCCCUGGGAUCAAACCACUGGAUUUGGGAAGAGAAGUCUAAGUGAUCCCUAUAACAGGAUGGUGAACACCAGCGGCAUUAGUUUCAGAGAUCAUGCAGGUAGUAUGGAUCUUUGCCGCGCAGCAUUGAGCUUCAGUCAAGAAGUUCUCCGGACCGGUGGCCAUUUCGUCUGCAAAUUCUACCAAGGCGCUGAAGAUAAGGUCUUGGAGGGACUUCUCAAAGACCUAUUCUACAAGGUCUAUCGUCUGAAACCGGAAUCCUCACGCAAUGAAUCUAAAGAAUCAUAUUUUAUUGGUUUCGGUCGGAAAUAA